AUGCUUGACAGAAUAACAUUUGAAGACAUCAUAGGUCAAAGGAUCCAACACCUCUUAAACAGCAAGAGAAUCCAACAUCUCAAAGUUGCUGCGAAUUUGUUAAGCUUUCUGGCAGUUCAUAAUUUAAGACCACUAUUCAUAAACAGAAUUUCACAAGGCAUCGGUGGAGGAGUUGAACGCGUAUUUAAGAAAGGUGAGACUUUCUCGUUUGACAAAUUGAAACAGAAACAAAUGUCUGUUUUUACGUCUACUAGGCUUUCAGGAUUGGCUGCCGGGAAAAAGCUUAACUCAAUAGAAGAAGCAGAAGCAGAAACAGAAGCAGAAAAGGAUAUUCAAGUAUUGCGUGUUAAAUGUGUAAAGAGUCUACGUCUGCCACACCAUAAUAAGAAUAGGCUGAUGAUGUCCAAGCUUACUCCGCUUAUAGAUCCCCUUAAAGAAGAAGAAGAGGAAGUAGAUAUGUUGAUAGGCUUUGUAUCAGUGUUUAGUUUCUUUUUCUUCUAUCCACUCUUAUCUGAUGAAAGGAUAUACUAUAUGUGUGUAUAUAUUAUGGGAAUAUAA